GGCCUGGGCUCUGGCCGCCCGCGCCGCCCGGCCGCUCCGGGGACGGGCCGGGGCGGGGCGCGGCGCGGCGGCAGGAAGCGGGGCGGGGACUCGCGGAGGCGUUGGGGAGCGAGGGAGGGCGCGGCCAACUCCCGGAGGGACGGCAGGCCGAGAGAGCGGCGCCCGGGUCUGGCGCCGAGCCUGAGCCCGCCGGACGGGAGGCGGCCCAGCCGCGGGCUCGGCCUCGGCCCCAGCCCCGCCAGCAUGGCCGGCCGGACCGUGCGGGCCGAGACCCGGAGCCGGGCCAAGGAUGACAUCAAGAAGGUGAUGGCGACCAUCGAGAAGGUCCGGAGAUGGGAGAAGCGCUGGGUGACUGUGGGCGACACUUCCCUUCGUAUCUUCAAGUGGGUGCCAGUGGUGGACCCCCAGGAGGAGGAGCGGCGGAGGGCAGGUGGUGGGGCAGAGAGAUCCCGAGGCCGGGAGCGACGGGGCAGGGGCGCCAGUCCCCGAGGGGGUGGCCCUCUCAUCCUGCUGGAUCUCAAUGAUGAGAACAGUAACCAGAGUUUCCAUUCGGAAGGCUCCCUGCAAAAGGGCACUGAGCCCAGCCCUGGGGGCACCCCUCAGCCCAGCCGCCCUGUGUCACCUGCUGGACCACCAGAAGGGGUCCCAGAGGAUGCUCAGCCCCCACGUCUGGGCCAAGAAAGAGAUCCUGGGGGCAUAACUGCAGGCAGCACGGAUGAACCCCCAAUGCUGACCAAGGAGGAACCUGUUCCAGAAUUGCUGGAGGCUGAGGCCCCCGAAGCUUACCCCGUCUUUGAGCCAGUGCCACCUGUCCCCGAGGCAGCCCAGGGUGACACAGAGGACUCGGAGGGCGCCCCCCCACUCAAGCGCAUCUGCCCAAAUGCCCCUGACCCCUGAGAAGCCGGCCUGCCUGUCCUGUCGCCCCAGGGGCCCCUUUGGCUUUUUACAAAUAAAGACCCUUUUGUAA